AUGACAGACAGCAUUACUACUGAAUACGUCACUCUCGUCUCGAACGAUGGCUACGAGUUCAAGAUCCUCCGCUCAGCGGCAUGCAUCGCAGGGACGAUCAAGAAGGCGCUAGAUCCUAUGUCUGGCUUCCGAGAAAAUACACAGAAUCGCGUCGAUCUGCCCACAAUAAAUGGCGUCGUUCUCGAGAAAGUCUGCGAAUACCUCUACUAUAACCAGAAGCAUGCAGAGAGCAAGGACGUCUCGGACAUGGAUAUACCACCUGAGCUGUGCUUGGAGCUACUCAUUGCAGCAGAUUACCUAGACGUAUGA